AUGUCUACUGCCCAAAACACGACCUAUCUCCCCCUUCGUCUCUGUGACGACGUCUCACCACAAUGUCCAGUCGAACACUCCAUCUACGGCUACUACCCCUCGAUCGGAGCAAACUGUUUCUUCGUGGCAUUUUUUGCCAUGUGCGGCGCCCUCCAGCUCUACGCCGGCAUUCGUUAUAAAACUUGGACCUACCUGAUCGCCAUGUUCCUGGCCUGCGUGGAUCAAAGUCUCGGCUAUAUAGGCCGGGUCAUAUUGCACCAAAAUCCUUUCAACCGCGUGGGAUUCCAGAUCCAAAUUUGCUGCUUGAUUUUGGGGCCCGCUUUCAAUUCGGCCGCAAUAUACCUGGUACUCAAACACAUUACGCUAUGCUUCGGGCCAGAGUACUCUCGUAUCAGGCCUAACUGGUACACCUGGAUCUUCAUCAGUGGCGACUUGGUGUCGCUAGUAAUUCAAGCCUUUGGAGGCGCCCUUGCCGCGACAGCAAAUGAUAACCUGGACCGCCAAAAACUCGGCGACGAUCUCAUGAUGGCAGGGAUUGCCUUUCAAGUGGUGACAUUGCUUUUUUUUGCCGGCGCAGCCUCAUGGUAUGUCAUUCGGCGCCGACGGGCUCAUCAACCAUAUACCACCGAGGCGACACACUUCCUCCGUAGCCGCAAAUUCAGGCUGUUCGUCAUUGGGUUCACCCUUGCGUUCGCAGCCAUUUUCAUUCGAUGCGUCUACCGCAUCGUUGAGAUGGCAGGUGGAUGGAGAAAUCCUGUCAUGCAGAACGAAGGUGCAUUUAUCGCUCUUGAUGGAUGCAUGGUUUCGUUCGCCACCCUGGUCCAAACACUCUUGCACCCAGGCUUCUGCUUCCCACGGCUUUCGAGCGCUUAUGUACCACCAGAACCCCUUCCACAUCUGCCCAGCGUAUUCUCAACGCCACCGGAGGCCAUCGAGAUGGAAAAGGAAAAGAACGCAACGGCGAACGCCUAG